AUGUCUGGCGAUGCAGUCUGGAUGUACGGCGCGGUGCGUUCUUAUUCUGAAAAUGAUACAAUUAAGUUUGUUUCGUUUGAGCGACAUAGUAUUAUUUUUUGAUUUUUGUGAAAAAAAAUAAUUGUUAGAUAUGGAAAUCAAUCGUCGAUUAGGAAGUGAUUUACCAAGAAAGUGAGAGUAUUAGUGGGCUGUAGGUACAAUUAAACAUUUCACUGUACUACCAAAAAUUGAAACCGAUUUACGUCACUGCUACGGUCAAUAAUACAUUAAAUUAACAAGUGUCGUCGUAAAUAAUAUUAUAGUGUGGUUUUGUUCGUCAAGACUCAAGACUGAAUAGUAGCGGUUUUCUGGAUCAAAAUAUACAGAUGCAAUGGCCCGUGACAGUAAGUACCUAAUCAACAUUUUAGAUUCCGAACGUAGCGAGGGAGCUAUUAGUUUUAGUAAGAUGUUUAUUUUUAUUUUUCUUUGUUCUUUGUUGUAGUUUGUGGACACGUCUUAUCCUGGUAAACUUGUUCUGAUUUUUCGUAUAGCAAGUUUUCUGAAAGUUUAAGUUGUCUAGAUGGUACCUACCUUCCCAACUUCUCACCUAAAACUGUGGCUGUUAAAAUCUUUCAAUUUCCAGUAUCAGCUCUUUUUCAUAUUUUAACCUAUACUUACCCUAGUACCUAUUCCAAUUUGUUCAUUCAUUCGUGCAUGACUGAUAGCUGCUGUGACGUAAUAGCUUUUUAUCAAUAUGGACAUUUUUAAAUAAAAUAGAGUCAUUAGUAAGUAAGUACUAAAUAACGAUAAUUAAAAAUAAUUCUCAAUAGGUAUAGGUAUGUAGUAAUAUAGUCCUCUAGGUUUUAUAGUCACCUGUGAUAUAUAGGUAUUUUGAAUUUUGGAAAAACAUUUUUUUUUUUAUUUUCGUAUAAAAUAAUAAUUGUUGAUUAAAAUAUUUCCCAAUUUCUAUUUUUAACUCACCCAUCCCAUAUUUAUACUUUAUUACCCUUAAUAUAAUUACAACUGUUAUUUAAACAUUUUUUUUUUAUUCUGUUUCAGAUUUAGCAUGGGCAGUAGUAAGGCCAAACGACUGUCACAGAUGAGGUUGGUAGAUAAUUAUAUUAAACAGCCACCUAAUAAUUCAUUCGCAAAUUCCCAAAGUAUUACUAAAAUACAAACUAUUUCUAUAUUGGUAAAUAUCCAUGAAAUAUGAAUCUAGGCUGUUAAGUAAAAUACAUUAUUUGUUGUGACUUAUUAUGUGAGUAUUAGGGGUAUUAUUUCUGGUAUUUACAGUUAUCACUCAUUAUAUCAAUAAAAAGUUGAUUGAACUAUGUAAGGGCAAAGGAGGAAACUAAUAAAAUUAAUAUUUGUAUUUUGAUAUUAAUUUUAAAUCAAGUUUAACUUAGUUAUUUAGAAUUUUGAGGUGUAUAUUUUUUAUAAUUGUAUACAUUAUUAUAAAUUCAAAUGUAUGAUGAUGGAUAUUCUUCAAUUUAUUUUAGUAAAUUAAGAUAAUUAAUCCUUAAUAAUGUAGGUAAUUGUAGAUAAUGUUGAUGAUGUUUAUCAUUUACCUAUGUUAUGUGUUUUUCAACAAUUUUGGUGUUUUGAAUUUGGUAAUAAAUAAUUUCAGUAAAACUUUAGGUUUUUUAUUUUUUUGGUAAAACUUAAAAUAAUAAUAAAUAAUAAUUAAAUGUUCUACAAUUUUGAUUUUUGAUGGCUUAUGAAAGGUAAGUAACUUAACUUGUUUAGUUUUAGUAGAUUUAUUAUUUGAUGUAUAAUUUAUUAUUAUGGUAUAUUGUAAUUAAAGAAUUAUUUACAGUCCUAUUGCACUUCAUCAUAAAUUGUUCAUUUUUAGGAAUAAGAUUGCUAUGAUCAGGGCUGUAAAUAAUUUAACCACGGUUAUUCAAUGAAAAUUUUGAGAUUUCUUUAUAUUAUUUAUUAUUUAUAUUUGAUGGGUAUUUAAAUAUUUUUUAUAUAUUUCAUUUGUGAUUUAAAUUUUUUAAUUCCAAAUUAAUAGAAGACAUAAACUCAACAAUAGCAUCUUCUAAAAACUCCAAACAUUUAUUGUGCAUAAUAUUUGAUUCCAUUUCUGACCUUUUACCAAACAGUAACAUUAUAUUUAUACCUCUUUUUCUUAUAUUCAUUAAAUGAAUAUGUCUAUCUCCAUAUUUUGGUUGUUAUAUACCACAAUUUGUAAGAGUAUUUUCUUCCAUGGUCAGGAUUUGUACUAACAUUUUCUCGAUAAGAUGAAUGAGUUAAAGCUAGCUGGAGUAAAUAUUUGUUCUUGAAUUGUAAGAAAAGACAAAAGAAACAAAUUAUAUCCAGUCGUAGUUAAUUUUGACAACCACAAUUAAGUUAUACUGGUAAUGCAGACUAUCAAAAGACUGGAAAGACAAUGUACAAUUUAGACAUUUUCUUGCAAAUAUGACCAAACCAUCACCUGAGGUUAAAAAAAAACUUAAAAUCAAGGAAAGAGCUUUACAAGAAAUGAGGUUACAUAAUAAAAUCAAACGUGGAAUCAGUGGCGUAAUUGAGAAUGUUUCAUGGGGGGAGGGAUAUUAAAAUAAAUAUUCAUAAAAAAAACUUGGUGGUUUACGGUUAACGGUCGCUAUUAUGGAAAUAUAGAAAAUUAUUUUAUUAAUACAAUUUUACAAAGGGUUAGGUUACUAACUUUGGUUAGGUAACUUUACUUAUGCAGUGAAAAAAAAAAAGGAGUAAUGUAGAUUUUUUUUUAUGAGAAUUUUAUUAUCAAAGUUUGACGAAAAUUGUUUUGGUAUAAAAUUUUAUUAAAGAAAAUAUCCAAUGAGCAAUUUGUAAUUAUUUUACCAUAAGUAUAUAAUAUGAUAUAUAUUGUUGACAAAGCAAUACUAUUAACCAAACUCCGUUCCUUAGAAUUGUUUUUCGUUAGCAAUGGUUAAUUGUUGCAUACAGAUAUACAUUAAAUUUCCCCUUUACUUUUUUACCUUCCCAACUUCUCUCCUACAUCAGUGAUCCACCGCUCACUCAUCAUGUGAAGUAUGACAGUAUUUUUGUUUUUAUGAAAAUGUGUAAGAACUAACGAUUAGGGUUAUGAGGAAAAAUGCACCUUUUAGAAAAAUAAAUCGAACACCAACAUCAGUUCAAUAAUUUUACAAUAAUUUUGAAAAUUAUUAUUUGUUAUAUAUAAAUAAAUAUUAAUUUUAAUAAAAAAUAUUUUGCUUAGUGGCUACACUGGAACGUCGUACGACCAGAUUAAUUUAGCUGUGGCGGUCUUCUGGAAUAUGUGCGUGCUCUGCUCACUCUGCAGUAGUUCAGUACGCGGUAUAACCACGAUACGAUAGGUUCAUGUGUUGCCGGUCUGUUAACGUUAUCAUCCCCGAUCAAAUUUUCAAACAUUUGUUGUAUCGGUUUGUAUUUGCACAAAAAAACAUUCGCAGUUGUUUGUUUUAAUUCUUUUAAAAGUUCCGUACAUUUUUUCCGUUUCGUUGUGCGCUAAAGAAGUCAUCCUGGAGUCCGGACCGAUUAUCAAAAGGUACCAAAAGUAAUAAUAUUAUUUUUGUCGAUAAAAUAAAAUUAAAAAAAUGAUUAUAUUGUGUAUAUUAUUAACUGGCCCGUGUCGAUAAUUCGGCUUUUAAAAUCAAAUCAAAUGCAUAUGAAAACGUUUAGAUUUCCCUAACUCUGGAUUUUCGUAGCAUUAUUACUGUCGUGAGUCCGUGACGCAUAUCCAGCCCAAUAUUAGAAUGCAAUUACGUGAUGUAUUGCACGCAAUUGCAGGAAUUAUUUGUCUGUAUGCGAUUGUGAAUUUCAGAUUUUUAACGAAUCAUUCCGCGAAAGCAUGAAAUUUAAUCUGUAUAAUUGGGUAAGUAAAUAAGGACACAAAUGUCCUUAUUUCUAUAAAUAUAGGUACUUAGUUUAAUAUGCCGUCUAUUUAAAAUCUUAAAAUUAAUUAACCAGGGUCUGAUUGGCGAUUACCUUUUUUUUUUUUGCUCACCACCCACCUAAUCCUCGGUCCUUUCUCUCUAUAAAUUCUUCCAUACCCCCUAAAAUAGGUCUUGCUAUGCCCCCUCCCAUUUAAUGGCUCUUUAGGCUGCAGCUUUUUCAGCCUAUUGGUUAAUCAGGCCUUCGGGCCCUGGAUGUAACAUCAACACGAAGAUCAAAUUCGAUAUGUAUUCGUUUCAACCCCUCCUGGAAAUGCUUUCCUCCAUUCACCUCUAUUGAAAAGUAUUAUAUUCGUCUGCUAAAUAUAUUCUAUUACCCAUCCUGUUUGGCUAUUUCUUUUGUUCAUAGAAACACUUUAUUAGUCCGGCCACGACAAUAUUUAUUAGGUAAUACAAUUUUUUAUGCGAGUUUUUUUUAACGCAUUUCAAAAUAUAUUAUGGCCUGUGUAUUCAUACCAGAGCCCCGAGGAAUCGCCCGAAAAUAUAUUACUAAAACUUUAAUAGUUAUAUACUUAUACCUACCUUAUUUACUACCUCAAUUGCCUCGAAUUAGUAAUACUUGGUUAUACUAAUAGUUGGUACAAUAUUUAAGGGAUCUAAGCAGAAUUAAUUUUUAACAAUAUUUUAUAGUAUUUUAUCGAAUAUAAUAUAUCUUUGGUCCCAAAGAAGUAGUGUUAUUUUUUAUUAUUAUAAUUUUGUCUAGUGUAAUUUUUUUCCCUUUUAUUUUUCGGUCUCAAUUAUGCAUUUAAGUGUAUAUUUUCAAAAUUAUUGUAUUAAUAGUUUAUGAACAAAACGUGUAUGUGUUUUAAAUAUUUGAGUAGCUUGUUUGAAAACUACGUAAUUAACUUAAGCCCUUCUUCGCUGUAGCCGAAGAUUAUAAUAUAAAGAAAAAUUUUCACGACUUACACAAAUUUUUUUCAAUUUAUCAAACGAAUCAUUUAAAUCACUACAUAUGUGCGUAUGUAAUAAUUUUUAGUGAUCGUUUUCCACAUAAAACGUACAUAUCGCGUUGCGUCCCGCGCGAAUCCUAUUAUUAUCGUCGUCAUCGAUGUGUAAACCUACAUAAAAAUAAUAAUAUUAUUAGGUAGGUAUGAUUAUUAUAAUAUUUCUGUUUUACGAUUUAUCGCGGAGGUGCCGUAUUAUGGAUUCCACCCACAUAAUAUUAUAUGAGACAGUAUUUCGUUAUUGCAGUGGAGAGAUUUGCUAUCUUUGUCCGUCUAACUUGUUUAAAAUCGAUUUUAGUGAUAAAAGUCUGCGUAUUAUAAAGUGCAUAGACGACGACACGUUGAGGAAAAUCUCGGAGUUUCACAGUUUUCUAAAUGUUCAAACUACUAUCGUUAUUACCGCGUAGUUAAACGAAAAAUCGUUAUUGUUUACAAAUGAUGAUAAUUUUGUCAUCGACCAAAUCGUAUGAAUUGGGUCGUACGGUUUUAUCUCUAAAAACCGAUUUCAAAGGCCUUUCCGUUUGUUUUACGAGUAUACGCGUAUUAGCCAUACGAGUAUCGACGGUAAACGGCGCUGUAUGAUUUCGAAUUUUUAGAUGACACGCGGGCUGGUGACACGGGUAUUAUAUUUGAAUUUUUUUUUUAGUGUACUCGUAUAUUAUUAUAUAGGGCGAAGCGACGGAAAUAUUUUAUCUGUCGAAAGGAUUCGUUUUGUCGUCGUCCGGGGGGUGGGAGGAGGGGAGACGGAGAGAAAAAAAAUUACAAAAAAUAAAACCAAUCGAACUCGCGCGGUGGCCGCUCGUCUGUGCGUGUUUGUGUGUGUAGAAAAGUAUGUAUAUUAUAAAUUUGUUUGUGUGUGUGUGUGUGUGCGAGUGUGCGCGCGCGAUCGCGUAUACACUGCAGGCGAAAAUCAUUACGUGCACAUGUUUAUUAUUUUUAUAUAUAUAUAUAUUUUCCCUCGGAAUAUCGCCCGGAGGUGUACGGUUUUUAUUAUUUUUAUGUUUUUGUGCGCGUUUGAUGUGCCGUGACAUGAGGUCGUACACGACCCGAGGCGACAAUCGUGCUGGUGCCUCGGGGGGGCCGGCCGGCCGGCCGCGCGCGCUCCGGCACUAUCACAGCUCCCACCCGUUCGCUCAAGACUGUGCCACGGCUCGUUUGCCCCCGGGCAGGGAUGACCGGACCUCUGAUUGUGUGUGUGUGUGUGUGUGUGUGUAAUAUCUAUCUCGACUAUAUAUAGGUAUCUUACGUACGCUCGGUACUUGUGUAUAUAAUAUUACGAACUCUUCGGUUCGUAUAUAUAUAUGUACACCACGCGGUACACUCGUGCCGUACGCCCGGAGUGAUCACGGCCCGCCGUAUAUUCGUUUCCCACGUGUUUUUUUUCUCGAAUUAUUAUUAUUAUUAUUAUUAUUAUCAUUAUAAUAUUAUUAUACUAUACGCACCACCCCGGCGGGAUCGUUCCCACGAGACCCCUUCGUCGUCGUAGCCGUUCGCGCGCGCGCGCGCGCCCGCCGCCGCGGGAUCAUCAGACAUAAGUCACACACGCACAUACAACAACACACGACAUCGCGUCACGGUCGCCGCCGCCGCCGCCGCCGCCGCCGCUUGUUCACACUAUAAAGUAGGUAUCUAACCAAAACAAUAUUCUGUCCUAACGACGGCGACGACGGCCGCGAGACGCUCGCCGCACCGCCGCCGCAAUCGUCCGCAAUUAUUCCCCGACAGUGUUGUUGUUUUUGUUGUUAUUUUACGAUUCCACUGUGUUAUUAUGCCGGUGUUUACGACGCCGCCGCCGCGACAUUUCGUACGCCGAUCAAUCGGCAAAUGUCGGUACCGACGAAAAUAUAUCGACCAAACCCCCCCCUUCCUAAUAAAAUCCCUCAAACAAAUUAAUGACGUCGUAUGUAAACAAUAACGUUUUAAAUUAGAUAUAAUGCGUAUAUAAGAACGUAUAUGAUAAUUGUCUUUUAUUUUAUGUUAAAUACGGGCUAAGCCCAAAGUACAGUAAAUGUUAAUUAUACAGUAAUACGACAAAUGGAAAUUAAAUUUAAAACAUAAGCAGUCAUUUAGCGAAAGUGAAACGGAAUCAGAUGUCUAGGUUAGAGUAAAACCGAAGAGUGGAUAUUAGCAAGACGCAUUGAGCUCGGAAUGUUUGAACUAUAAUUGGUGCAUAGGAUAGCAAAGGUUGCGGUAGAGUGGGUCCGACGUGGAAGGCCAUGAAAGUUAAUGAGGGAUAGGAGCGUAGGCGCGUCGGCAGAACUAUCGAUGAAGUUUCUGAGAAAGUUCAGGUUAAAGGCAACUCUUCUGUCGGCUAGCGUUGAAAGACCAAGUUCAUAAUGUUUAUUUAAUAUGUUAAAAUAUUUUCAAUCCAUUAAAACGAUAUUUAUACUAACAUAUACUGAAAGAAUUUCUUUUCCAGAUUCUGAGUGGAGCGAGAAAUGUAUUGGUUUUUCAAAGAUAUUUAUUUAAUUUAUUUUUUUUUUCCGUGGACAAUUUUUCUAUCAGCAAUUUUGCUCCGAUUUACAAUGAAAACACUUUUUUUGAAAGGAAAUCGGACUGGGGAGGUACUUUAGGAAUGUCAUCUUUUAAUUUUCCUAGGAAAUUUCCUAAUAAAUGGAAAAAAAACUUAAGAAAAACGGAAAAAUAGGUUUAAUAUUAAACAAAUAUUAUUAAAGAUAAUGCUUAAUACACAUGUACCGUGUACAUAUUUUAUCAUAAUAUGACAUAUAUAUAAAUUGUUGACGAAGUAACACCGAGCUCUACUUAGAAUCGUUUUUUCGUUGGCAAUGGUUAAUCGUUGCAUACAAAUAUAAAUUAUAUUCCCGUCUAUAUCCUACUUUUUCAAUUCUACAACUAAAAUAGUAGCUGCAACCGUCCCCAUUAUACUAGGAUAGAUUUUUCUAACCUGUUAUGUCCGUGACCGCGAUAUUUUUGGAUUUUCCGUAGUAUGCGCAUUUAUAUUAUAAUAUUUGGAAUAUUAAAUUCAAUAAUAAUAAUAUUCAUAUUUACAUAUUUUGCUAAUAUUGAAGACUGCGCGUAUCACAUGAUCAUUAUACAGCAAUUGAAAUAGUUACUUAUAUCCUGUAUGUGUAUAAUAUCUGUACAUCGGAAAGCAUAUAGAUAAUUUAUUUCAAACGUAAUGUGUGAUAUUUGUAUUUCUUGCAUUUAUAAUUUAAAUUUAUCCCAUUUAAAUUCGAUGGUGUUUAUCUUUAAUAUGAUAUUAUGUAGGUAUAUACGUGAAAAUAUUAUUAAACUUAAUUAACAGCAAUAAUAAAACAGAACACUAUUCAUAAAUUUUGUACAGUAAACUUUGUAUGUGCUCACAUAUCUGUAACUGUUAUAAAGACGAUUAUAAACUCGAUCCAUAAAUAAUAAAUAUAUUAUGUAUGCGUUGUUGUAAACCGAGCGAUUUUUUUAUCGCUCAAUAAUCGUCGGUCUUGUUGGCUAUUCGUUUUUGCUACACUUGAACGUCAAAUCAUUAUAAUAUUUACAAAAUACUAGGGUUGGAACGUAUAAUACAGUAAAGUAUAAAACACGUAUUAUACGUAUGUACAAAAUGUAUAAAACUUACAGUAUAACUUUAUUAGUUGUUUACGUUAUAUACUGUAUACAAUUUUUUUUUUUUUUUGGUUGCAAUUGAACAGAAAUUAUCAGGUAAACUAAUCGUCAAUUGAAUUUAAUCAUCAUUUUAUGUAUCUUAUACUAAUUACCUUAAAUAUAUGUGAUAAUUUGUUAUAUUAAUUAUUAAGUUAAUCUUUAUUCUUUAUUAAUAACUAUAUUAAUAUGUAUAAUACCAAAAAUAAAUUUGUUUUUUUUUUUAUUCUAAAUUUGAGAAAAUUCACCAAGUUCAUGUGAUUUGUUAAUUUUUACUCAUUUAUAAGUUUAAAUACUUAUUGAAAUUUAAAAUGUACAGUAUUAUCAUUAUUAUAAUAAACCAAAAAAAAAAAUUUCUUAGUCGUAAUAAAGUUGUAUACGUUUUAUACGCUUAUAUUACCAACCCUGUAAAAUACGCAACUGCCGGUUAUUUUAUUACUUUUUUGUUUUUUAUUAAAAAUGGCGAAUGUUUUAUUUGGAAACUAUCAGGUCGAAUAAUUCGACACUUUAAACCCAUGUUAUUACUAUAACUUUUGCAGUGAAAUUUCACCCCAAAAUUCAACUUAUGGUAUUCUGAUAUUCAAAUAUUGAAUCUUAAUAUAUCACUCCACCAGGCGCCAUGAUGGUCCAUGAUCUCAGUAUCUGAAACAUGAAAUACUACGCUACAGUUUAUACACACUUAAAAGUUAUAAAUUAUAAUAUUAUAUAGUGUAUACAUUUCCAUACAUAAUAAAAAAAAAAAAAACUCAAAUCCAAUCUAUUAAUCUCCAAUGUAACAUCAGCAAUCCUCAUUCCUGUCGCCUUAAAAGAAACUGGUCUCUUGGUUUUCUUGCGUUUUUUCGUAUUUCUAAUUUAAAUAUGUAAUCUGUUAGGCAAAACACGGGUUCGUUUACUUUAAAAAAAUGUCAACAGACGCUUCUUUCAUGUCGUCAUAUCAAGUUUUUUCUUUCUCUUUCUCUGCAGUUUAACCCUUUUUAUUAUUAUUAUCAUAUUUCAUGUCAGAUUGUACAUAUAUAUAUAUAUGGUUUAUAAUAUUUUUUAAUAAAAAUUAAAACUCGGUAUAAGUGAUAUCUGACCAUUAUCUUCUUCUGCCACUGAUUGAAUUUGCUAAUUGUACUGAUUGUACAUUAUAAUAUUGCUUGUAUUCAUUAUUAUUAAUUAACUUAGUAAAUUCCUUAAAUUUUUAAUUCGUUUCCAAUAUAAAUUUGACCUCGAUUAUGUAAAGUGACAAUAUUAUUUUACGAAUAAGAAAACUUUUAAUAUUACACACCGAAAAUAUCUAUAAAGUAUUAUUUCUUUACUUUUAUUUAAAGUAUUCGUUGUAUUAUUAAUUUGAUAAUUAAUAUUUUUGAAUUCAAUUUUCAGUAUAAAAAAUCGUCGUUAUUAGUUAAAUGUUCGAAUGUAAUAUAGAACAUGUAAGUCGAAAGGUUUUUUGUUGUUGAACUGUAGCAUAAUUGAAUACAAACUCGAACAAUUCCGUAAGAAUUCGAAUACAUUGACUAGGUAUUUGAUUUCACGAGCUAACCCUUUAUAGAGUGCAUCUUCAUUCGGCAUUAUUUAAGUUUAUUUAUAUAAACGGAACCACUUUAUUACUAAUGGCACUGGUUUACGUACUAAUCUCUCCGCCGUCGUCGUCGCUCGUCGAUGCAACGUAAAAAUGGAAAAAAAAAGUAGGUUUUGGCGGAUGGUCGCGUUUUAUUUUAUAUUUUAUUAUAUUUAAUGUCACGUGCCUUCCGUCCGGUACAACUGGUAUCAUCAUCAACAGGUAGGUCCGGAUAAUGUGAAGAAGCGAAAAAAAAAAAAAUAUCAUUGACCUUUAUUAUGACGCUUUCACGGACCGCGCGCAUAGGUCGGUAUAUAUUAAACAUCAGGUGCUUUAUUUUUAUUCUUUAUUCUGGAAUAUCAAGAUGUCACAUUUUCUCUCGGCUUAAACGUUUUCUCAAAACGAUUUCUUUUGUAAUGAAUACCUAUAAUAAUAAUACUGGUUUGGUUACAUUAGAAAAAAAAAAAUAAAUAUACUUUACCGAAAAUUAUCGGGGGACCAACGAAAAAAAAAAAACCGCAACCAAAUAAAGAAAAUACAGAACAUUAACAUAAUACUAUAUAGUGUACCUGCCGUCUAUGUUCCGUAUACUUUUAAAAUGUACGCGCACGUGUUAUAUUAUUAAAUGCCGUAUAAACGUAAUAAUAUUAUAAUACAAUAUUAUGUGUAUGGCAAAUCGACAAGACCGUAGUAAAGUACUCUGUACGCUUUAUUUUAUCUCCGCGGUCUAUCUGCGGUACAUAUCGUACAUAAUAUUAUUAUUAUUAUUGUAUACCUAUAGUGUUUAUUUGACAGUGUCAACACGACAACAACGCGUAUACCGCGAAUCGUAAAUCAUCGCAGUUUGAGCGUAUUAUUACACUGCCGUCUACGUCUACCCCCGGUAUAUAACAACAUUAUGAUACUCGGCUAUAUUAGCAUCGUGUUCGAAGUAGAAAAAAAAAAAAAUGAUUUCGGGUCUGGCCGCCAAAAAUGUUCCCGCCAAAUCAAUCUGCGACGUCCGUACGUGAUUUUUAUCUGUAAUAAGCUGUAUAUCAUACCUAUUAUAAAAUGUAUACACGGGUACACAAUAAUACAAUACCUACUAUGAGUAUUAUAAUAAUAUUAUUACAGUGUAUCUGCACGACGUAACAAUAUUAUUAUUUAUAAUAAAAUAUAUUUCGCAUGUAACGCGGACAAUAUUAUAUUAUCGGAUACCUAAACGUUUUCAGUUACACCUUAGGCGUGGCCCGCGUGUAAAGGUCUUGCGGUGUGUGCAAUAUAUUUAAAUAAUAAUAUCGAGUUUGUUCGCCGUCGUAUACUAUAAUAAUAAUAUUAUUGCAGUACACUCUCGUAGCGACGUGUUGGACUACACGAUAUUCCGUAAUUUUCUCGUUUUUCUGUCGUAUUGCGCAACAUUAUUUUCGUGUACCGCAGACACCGAAACCAUCUUCACCGGCGUGUGUGCCGCCCACGAAAUUGUCGACCCACUACACGAAAUAUGUGUGUGUGUGUGGGGGGGGAGGGUACCUAUACUCGCGUAUAAAAUAUGUAAUAUAAUAUAUUAUAGCGUUUUUACCAUACGACGCCGUCAUAUGUAUAGUAACAAUAAACAACAAUAGGUAUAGGUGACUCCAAACCGGUGGGUGAACGUAACAUUUUCAGCUCAUAAAUGUACUUUUCCGAAUAAAUUGUAUUCGAUUUACCUUAAUAAUCUCGUGACCCGUAAAACAAUUUGUUUUACGUAUAUUUAAAUUUGUAGAGUUGAUAGAUUUUCAUAGCCAAAAAACCCUCUGGGAGGUCGUAGCUUUUUAUACACUACUUACCUGGCACAUUUAUAUUAUUUAUAAAAAGUGUGCUCUAAAAUAUUAAAUUAUAAUUAUAAAUUAAACUAUAUUAAAUAUAGGUAAAAGUUUAAACAAUUUUACUUAUAUAAAACAAUUUAAAAUUAAUACCAUGUACUAGUAAGAGUGAGAUCAUUAAUUGAUUGUUACUUGCAUUGAUUUGUUAUUUCUAAAAUCAAAACUAAUAUACACAAUAUUAAAUUUGGUACACACAUUUUGGAAUUCAGUAGACACACUUCGAUUUUCAGGGGACACAUUAUUUUAGGCCAUGGCAUAUACCGCGUGAGUUGAAAUUAUAUUUUUUAUGUAAUAGUAUACAUUAUUUUAAACACGUCUGCGAAGUUGGCGAUUACUAUAAUAGGACCUUACGUAAGGGCUAAGGAAAAACGUUGAAAGCUUCCUAGUGCCUAUAAAAUUGACUUGCGAAUUACGAGAAUGUACUUGAAAGUUCUUACUAAUUCUUACCUAUGCUAAAUGUUGUGACACUAAUAUGGGAUUUCUAGGAUUCCAUGUAAGGGCUUUUCUUCUUUUCAACUCCUGAUAAUAUUUUCGUUUUUGACUUGCGUAUUCCGGCCGAAAUGGACUUGCAAAUUUUUGUAAAUUACUUGCGAAAUACUAAAAUAAUCCUAAACUAAUUAUGAAAAAGUGUAAGGAUCAAUAUUUUACUGACAUAUUUUAUACUUACCUACCCAUAAUAAAUACGUAUACAUCAUCACUAGAGCUAGGAUGUUUAUGACUGCAUAUUUUUUCAGCGAAAUCAGAAUUAUACUCGAAUAUGAUAUAAAUUCCAUUCAUGAAAUCUAGAUUUUAAACAAUUUCAAAUAUAAUAUUAAAAUUGUGUACGGUAACUAUUAACCAAAGUAUUUUACCUAUAUGUAACAUUUAAAUUUUUGAAUUAUUUAAUUUUUUUAUUUUGAAUUAAUAUUAACACCUUUUUUGUAUAUAUCUGUUGAAAAAUAGAUAUAUUUAAUACAUUUUAAGGCAUAUAGUUGCAUAUUUUGAAAUUUUUAAAUGCAUAUUUUAAAGAAAUGUUGGUCAUUAACAUGCGAGCUUUAUUCAUCACAAUGUUGCAUUGGUCGACAUUUAUUUUUAUUUAAGUUGGAAAAUAAAUUUUUCACUAUAUUAGUAUUAUAUUUAAACUCAUCAUGACGUUUAUGUAUUUUGUUCUCAUUACAGACGUAAGUGCGAAGUGGUUCGAGAUGUGGACGGAAUGGAACCUAAGGAUCUCACUACUCUCACUGCAUCAAGAUCUCUGUAUACAAACGCACAGAUUAAAAUCAGGUAUAUAUUUUUUAUAGUAAUAAUGUAGGUAAAUCGGUUAUUAUUUUAUAUUUGAAUAAUAAUAUAGAUACACAUGCCUAAGUGCUUCGAUAAUUAAUUCGAUGAUGCGUUAUUUUUUUUUUAUAGUUGAAUUUAUUCCUGCAACAGUAUAAUAAUUAUCAAUUAUUGUGACAUCGUAUUGCGCAUGAUAUCCAAUAGAUAUUUAUAUUUAUAUAAUCACAUACAUGAAAUUAAAAAUAUUAUUACAAAACCGCGUUUAAAUAUAUUAUGAUAGAAUAAACUUCAAAAGUUCAAAAUAAUAAAAUGCAAUAACGAUGUGCUAUAAUUUAAACAAGAAAAUUAAAAUUCUCAUUCUAAUUUUAAUUUUGAUUAGAGAUGAGACGGUUCCGGUUCUUAGUUUUUUGUUUCCAUUGGUUUUCUAGGAACCAAAGGUACUGUUAAUUAUCGGUUCUACCAUGAUUAUUUAUCGGUACUGGUUAUAAUUUUUUUUUGGUUCAGGAUUUAGUAACUUGUUUUUUUUUUUUUUAAUUCUAAAUGGAGCGAGGAAUAUAUUUGUUUUACAAUAGUGUUUUUUAUUUUUUUUUUUUUUCUGUGAACAACAUUUCUACCAGAAAUUUUGCCAGAAACAGUGGCCCACCCUUCGUGCGAAGUAUGUCUGUAUCUUUUUUUUUAUACAUUUAAGUUGUUGUUAAAUUACACAUUAUUGCUAUUUUACCAGUCCGAACCCUAUGUUAAGGUCUUGACUCGGCCUCUUUUAAAAAGUAGCCGUAAUAGAGCUUUUUAAAGAACAUUUUGGAUCAAUGUUUGGUUGCCAAACUGAAUGAAUAUUUCAUUAUAGAAACAAAAAACUACGCUAACUAUAAUUUUGGACACAAAUGGGAUAUGUUUAGUUUUUGAAGCUUCUUGUAAUGUAUUUCGCCCGACUAAAUUUUUAGAAAUUUGGCGCCACUUCGCUACUUCAGAGACUAUAGUGUAUCAGUUAUCAAUAUAAUACUGAUAACUGAAUGUUGAUGAUGAUUUAUUGAUAAAAUGAUGUGAAUAUAUCCGUAUCUUUUGAAUAUAAUGAUUCGUUCUAAUUUGUGUUCCUAUUUCUUUGGAUAAUGGGUAUAAAAAAUAAUAUUAAUGAACAAUUCUAAAAUAAAUCUAUCUUAGAAGGUACUGUUAGUAAGUUAGUCCUUUAUUUAAGUCUUUAAGGAAAAAUCGGUACCGAUAAUUUUUCAGGAACCUGCGUGUUCUUAAUUUUGAUUAUACAAUUAUUCCGAUAGAUAAUAUUAUAUAAUAUUAUUUAUUUGAAGACUGCGUAAAAUUAAAUAUUUUUAAUCCAUACAAAAUUAACAGUAAAGUUUAAGCUCCAACUCCCGUCUUCUAAUUCAAUGAUUCUAAUUCUGAUUUAAAAAAGAAACAAAUACUGUAAACCUAUUAUUAUUAUGAUUAUGAUAUAAUAUAAAAUCUACAAUAAAACUAUUUACUUAUUGACAGGACGAUAGAGUAGAUACGUAAUAGUUCAAUGAGUUUUGUUUAAAAUUUCUCAGUGAGCAAGAAAUUUCGGUAAGGGGGCCGAGACAUACGGUUCGGGUGGGGUAGUAUUUAGAAGUGGCUAUAUACUGUGUAAAAUAUCUUAUCGGAACAGUUUUUGGUACAACUAGCACACAUUACUAUUUGCUGUUGUAUUUGAUGACAUUAAAAAUAAUUAUAAUAAUGAUACUAUUUUUGUUAGAUUUUCUUUAUCCAAGGGCGACUGCUGGAGUGGACGUGUUAGGAGUGAUUUCGUCCCUUGAAAUUUCUUUUUUUAUCUAUACUGCAGUUAUCAAUGUUUAGUGUUUCGGGUCGAUGAUGGUCAUAAAUCAAAUAUAAUAUUAAUAUUAAUCAGCCGUGUCUUUUCAGUUUUUGAUAAGGAUAAUCGGUAUGGACGAAGGGGGAGGGGGUAAAAAGAUUUAAUUUCUGAAAAAAAAAAAAUAAUAAUCAUUUAAACAAAACAUUGGCUGAAUGCUGUAAAAAGGUAUUUUACCGGUCCGGUACACGGUAAAGAUACUGCAUGCAACAUUUAAAAAAUAACGGAGCUCGUGUACGAUAUUUGUUACCGUACCGGAGUUGUUUCACGUAACAAUGUGAUCCGGUAACACCGUACCGGUAUGACUUGCUCCUUAUAAAAACACAAUAUCACGCAGUGGCGUACCGUGUACAUACCUAUUAUACUUAACUAUCAUACUCAUACUGAAAUAAUUAAACGUUUUUAAAUUAUAAAUAUAUGUAAUAGCGUAGCCAGGAUUGCUCACUUUUAAAGGAGGGGACAAAAUAAAAUACAAACUCAAAAUUACAUGUUUUAUCGUUGUAUUCUUAAAUUAUAUUUUAAAAUAAUAUACUAUACUUACCUGGUUAAAUCAAUUAAAUAUGAAAAUAAACGGCAUAUAGGCAUAAUGGACAUAAUGUAACAUAAAUAUGGAACGGUUAUAGAAAAAAUAUUUAUAUAUUUUUUAAAUACGGUCAAUCGGGGGAAGGUAUGGCUUUCUCGUUGCAUUCGGUUACGCCACUGAGCACCUAAAAUGUUCGAUUUCAAAGUAAUAAAUGCUUUAAAUCUAAAAUUGUAUUUGUAUUGUAUUUAAUGUGUUCAUUUUUUCAACGCAUUCGGCGUGUAUAUUGUACGAAACUCGAUUUAUAUUAAAAAUCACUGGAAUGUGUUUUACGUGUACGAAUAAAUCAAUUCCUGUCACUGUAAUGCACGUCUAUAAGUAUAUAAUUUUAAACCGAUUGGAUUCAUAUUAUUCGUAUUAUGCUUUGGGUAUACGAUGGACUAUUAUUUUUUUUUUUUUAUAGGUACUGAUUGUUAAAACAACAAUUCCGGUUACUUUCUCGUAAUAUAAACAUAAUAUUUUAUGAUUUGUUUUUCUUUUCCGAAUUCUGUUUUAUAUGUACAUAUAUAUUAUUGUAAUAUCGGGUGUUUUGAUUUUCGUGUUUUACUCGCAGCAAUUCACCAGCCACAUCGCCUACCGUAUCGCACAACAGCAAUUCACCGUCGCCAACACCGGUAGUGCCGACUACCGGUUAUAACCACAAAAUCAUCGCCGGCAUACCGUGUGUGGCCGCCGCGUCCAAGUACACGGCUCCCGUCCACAUAGAUGUCGGCGGCACCAUAUACACGUCCUCGCUGGACACCCUGACCAAGUUAGUAUAAUACCGUAAUAAUAAAUACGUAAAUACAGAGUCAUAAUAUAUUAUGCAAGUGUAAAUCGGGGUUAAUUGCCACCCCUCUAUUUCAAUACGUAUGUAGGUACCUAAAAUAGUUAUAUUUGGUGUAUUUGCGUAAGGUCACGGAACACAUCACGGACACGAUGGGAAAUAACUGCCAAUCGAAGAGUGGGAUGCAGUUUCCUUAUUAUUAUUUCAUUUUUUUUUUCGGUUUAGCUAACGAUCGCGGUCCUUUCAGCACCGGGCACGUCGUCGUGUCCAUCGCCUUUGGCGUUACACGAACGCGCCACGCUUCACUAGUCUCUCUCGCAUAAGAGUCGUGCGAUACCGUGUCCCGACCAUAUUAUACACACACACACACAUACAUAUACGUGGGCUAAAGCAUUUGUUAUUUUUAUUUUUUUUUUAAAUAUUACUGCCAUGUAUAUAUUGUAUACAUAAUGUCGGCCGCAUAUACGUAUAUAUUACGAUAAUAUAUAGGAAUUUUACUUCAUGUGCAUUUCGCCGUACUACACGUUCACAAUUCGAUAAAUACGAAUGCGUAUAUAGCAUUGUUUGCAAUACCUUUUGUUAUAAUCUAUAAAAACGUCAUACGCAUACAAAUGUUAAUAUAUUAUUAUGACCUAACGUGUACCGAUAUUCAUUAAAAAUUAUGGAAAGUUACGCUUUUUUUAUCAUCUAAACUCUAAAGUAGGUACCUAUAUAUUAGCCGCUAUAGCGAUAUUUCAUGUUGCCAUAUUAGCCUCGAUAUAUUUCGAACCGAUCCGUUCAUCUUUAUGUAACGUAAACGCAUUAUAUUAUCAUAAGUAAAUUAAUUAUUUCUCGCUGAAAAUACUACUAAUAGUAUACUAUAUAUUAUAAUAUUAUUACAAACAAUCGGAUUUCAGGAAUCCCGAUUCAAAACUGGCGAAAUUGUUCAACGGUAGUAUACCCAUAGUGUUGGAUUCUCUCAAACAACACUAUUUCAUCGACAGGGACGGCAAAAUGUUCAGGCAUAUUCUCAAUUUUAUGAGGAAUUCGAAACUUUCGUUGCCCGAUAACUUUACCGAUAUUGACCUGUUGUUGGAAGAAGCUAGAUACUUCGAAAUUACCCGUAAGUAUAUACCUAUAUACACUAUACACACAAAAAUAUUAUUAUAUCCGUUGUCCAAACCGUACGAAUAAUACGGUAAAUACAAUAUUUUCGUUAACAAACCUAUAAGUUAAUAAUAAUAAUAAUAUGUAGGUAAUAAAAACGUAUCAACAACGUGUGUUAUACCUACUGACUUAAUGAGAUAAUUGGGUACCGCUCGAAACGUCUGUGUUGUGCAUUCAAUGUACUAUUAUAACGAUAAUGCCUACACGCCGUUGUCUGGGGACAAGGUUAAAAACGUAAAUUUUCUGAUAGAGUUGAAGGAUUUUAUGCCUUGUAUUGCUAAACAGUCCUGAUACAGCCCCCCGGGUACAUAUAUAUACAAUACUUCUCACCAUAGUCGGUUUGAGGUACUAUAGAUAUAUUGUCUUAUUUACAUCCGUUUUUGUACCAUUAUCAUUAUUGUUAUUAUUAUUAUUCAUAAAAUUCGUGCGAUAUGGGCUUGAAACAUGGACAUCAUUAGUUACGUAUUAAAUUAUUGUGUAACAAAACAUUAUAAUCAUUCGUGAUUCACGCAAGUUCGGUCUUAUAACAUUGAUAUUGUGAAAAUGUUCGAAGAUCAAAAUAAUUUUGCGCCAGUAUAAUUUAUGGGAUUUAUAUCGGAGAUAAUAGUUUAUAGAUAAUUUAGUGAAAAUAAGGAAAAUUAACGAUUGUGUAAUAUUAUGUUCAAUAUAUUAUUAUUAUGCUAAAUAAAUUAAAAAAUAUCAUUUUACAAAGUAGAUACCUUUUUUUUAUUCAAAGAUGGCUGUGCAGAUAAAACGAAUGCGUCACAAUUUUAACUCCGGAUGUAAACUUAAACAAUAUUAUUGACCCUAUGAAGUAUACUCGCAUCUUCUACCCAGUCUUCUAGUUCAUACAUUAUUGAUCUGAGUAUUUUUUUUUUUUUUUCAUAGGCCCUCUAGAGAAUUACGUAUUUUGUAUUACAAUAGGUUUGAAAUCUAAAAUAACUACACGAGUUAUAUAUACAGCUGAGUAUACGAUAAGCGGCAGAGUAAACGCCUACAAUGUUUAUUGCAAUAUUGCCUAUUUUAUUGUAUUGUACUUUUUAUGUAUUUUUUCCAUGAAUUAAAAUAUGUUAUUAUGUAAAUAGAUAACAUUUUGUGGGCCCCCACGCGAACUCGUGGGCCCAUUAUCUCGUGAAAAAAAUAACAAAUACAUAAUUCAAAACAAAUAUUCACAUUAAUCGAUUUUAUCAGAUAGGCACUCAAAGAUAAAAAGAACAAUGCAAAUUUCGGGUUGAAAUUCUUAUAAAUUGCAAUUGAAACAAACCUGUACGUAAAAGAUAUUGGUAAAGUCGAAGUUUCGCUAAUACGGUACGCGGUGUAUAAUAUGAUAAAACAUUAAAAACGCGAUAAAAUCCUGUGUUUUGGAGUUUUACGUAGGUGCAUACUAUUAUAUUACCACGUACAUUGUAGUGUAUACAAAUGCGCGAACCACGAAUUGGCCGAUUACAAUUAUUAUAUACAGGACUGGAUAAAGGAGGGGGCUUAGAAGGGCUAUAGCCCCGAGCCGUAAGUUAAAAAAGGCCACACAAUGUGUGUUUUUGUUGUUGACCUUUUUUUGUUUAUUUAUACGAAUCUUUUUCUGAUGACUUUUUUUUUUCUUAUCGGUCUUUAGCCCCGGGCUCCCAUAACCCUAAAUCCGGCUCCGAUUAUAUUUUAUUACAAUAUGGUAUUUUCAGUCCGUUGGAUGUAUUUAUAUUAUGUUUUAGCCAUGUGUAAACAACUGGAAAACCUGAAACGGGACCGGAUGAAAUGUAACCGGACGAACGGCUGGGACUCAAACGGCUCGAGCCGGUCCAACAGCAGCCUUUCGGUCACCAAGGACCAGUACGAGUGCGUGUCCGUGCACGUGAGCCCGGACCUCGGGGAGCGCGUUAUGUUAUCCGGCGAUCACGCGGUCCUGGACGAGGUGUUCCCGGAGACGGGUCACUCGGCGCUGGAACCGUCGGCCGGACGUCCGGCGGUGUCCUGGACGCCCGUGGACUCGAGGCAUUUGGUCCGGUUCCCGUUGAACGGAUAUUGCAAGCUGAACAGCGUGCAGGCCAUCACCCGGUUACUGAACGCCGGUUUCACCGUGGCGGCGAGCACGGGCGGCGGCGUACACGGCCAACAGUUUUCCGAAUACCUGUUCAUCCGCAAAUUAUUAUCUAAUUGA